AUGUUUUACUUUUUACACAAAUCGAUAUCUUUUGUUGCUGUUUUAACAAUAGACUUGGCGAAUCCUAUUUCGGCACUAGAGCACCGAGGGACCAUUGGAAAGCAAUCACGGUUUUCCUUUACGACUUCCCCUAGUCCGUACUCAGCACGAAUGAGGGCAAACGAAUGCACAUUGUUGUUGGGGCGAGGUGAGGUGGGUCGUGCUACUAAUAUGAUAGCGCACAAUGCUUCGGGACGAAGACGCGACACCCCCGCCAGUAGGAGUGUUGAUGAUUAUGUGAGAGACCAGCCGAAAGCACUUGUAAAAGUAGACUCGAGUGUGUUUCCCAGAAGAUUACGGGGUAGAAGGAUCUGA